AUGUAUGGAUUAUUGCUAGAAAAUUUAUCAGAAUAUGUAAAAGCGAUUUAUGGCGAUGAAAAAUGGGACGAAAUUAGGAGACAAGCUGGCAUUUCCUCAACAUCAUUUAGUGUUCAUGAAGAUUAUGAUGAAGACCUGCUCAAUAAACUCGCAACUACUGCACAAGAUGUUUUAGGAGUAACCGAAAAGGAAUUUAUGGAUGAGAUGGGUGUCUACUUUGUAAAUUUCGUCAGUCAAUAUGGAUACGAUAGAGUUUUAUCUGUACUUGGACGGCAUAUGCGAGAUUUUCUGAAUGGUUUAGACAACCUACAUGAAUAUCUCAAGUUUAGUUAUCCAAUGAUGAGAGCACCAUCUUUUUUCUGUGAAAAUGAAACCAGGCAUGGCCUAACUUUACAUUAUCGAACAAGAAGAAAAGGAUUUGUAUAUUAUACAAUGGGACAGAUACGACAAGUUGCUCGUCACUUUUAUAAUAAGGAUAUGCAAAUUGACUUAGUCAAAUCAGAUUUUUUAGGAGAAACUAAUCACUAUACAUUUCAAUUGUCCUUCGAUAAUCGAGCUUUUUCAUUAGCCUCAUUGGCAAUGACCCGCGAAGAAAAACAUCUACCUAUUAGUGCAUCAGUAUUAUUUGAUAUAUUUCCAUUUUGCAUUAUUUUUGGUUCCGAUAUGGUAGUUCGAAGUCUAGGAAACUCGUUGAUGGUAAUUAUGCCAGAGUUGAUUAACAAAAGAAUUAUCGACUGGUUCGAUUUAAGACGACCUUUAAUUGCCUUCAAAUUUCAAACAAUACUAAAUAGGACCAAUAAUAUAUUCGAACUUGUCACUGUUCUAUCGGUAUGUGCUGGUGAUCAACGAAAAACUGAACAAAUUAUGUUAAAAGAGAGUGAAGGUGAAGAAGAAACUGAAAACAGAUUAAGAUUGAAAGGCCAAAUGAUUUACAUGAAGGACUGGCGGUUAAUAAUGUUUCUUGGAACACCAGUUAUGCCAAAAUUGUCUUCACUUUUGUCAACUGGUCUCUACAUAAACGAUUUAUCGAUGCACGAUUUUAGCAGAGAUAUUCUUCUAGCAGGAACUCAACAGUCUGUGGAGUUGAAACUAGCUCUAGAUCAAGAACAGCAGAAAUCAAAAAAACUAGAAGAAUCAAUGCGAAAACUGGACGAAGAAAUGCGCAGAACAGAUGAAUUACUCUACCAAAUGAUUCCUAAACAAGUGGCUGAUAGACUUCGAAGAGGAGAAAAUCCCAUAGAUACUUGUGAGAUGUUUGACAGCGUUUCAAUAUUGUUUUCGGAUGUUGUCACGUUCACCGAAAUUUGUAGUAGAAUUACUCCCAUGGAGGUGGUCUCGAUGUUAAAUGCAAUGUAUUCAAUAUUUGAUACUCUUACGGAACGAAAUAACGUUUACAAAGUUGAGACAAUUGGAGAUGCUUACAUGGUUGUGUCUGGUGCUCCUGAAAAAGAACAAAAUCAUGCCGAAAAAGUUUGCGAUAUGGCAUUAGACAUGAUUGAGGCAAUAACCGAUUUGGAGGAUCCAUCAACGGGGCAGCAUCUUAAAAUUAGAGUUGGAGUUCAUUCAGGCGCUGUUGUUGCUGGAAUUGUAGGUCUCAAAAUGCCUCGGUACUGUUUAUUUGGCGACUCUGUCAAUACAGCAAGUCGAAUGGAAUCAACAAGUGCUGCUAUGAAAAUUCACAUAUCGCAAACCACUCGAAAUUAUUUAACAGAUAAUUACAAAGUUUCAGAACGAGGGGAAAUUGAAGUUAAAGGAAAAGGAAUCAUGAAAACAUAUUGGCUCGAUUAUCGUGAAAACCGUCGAUCUUUAGCUCAAUCAAAUAAAAGUCCUGUUAAAGCAAUUGAAUACAAUUAUGAUCGUCGUAUGAGUAUGCCUCAAUAUAUGUUAUACAACAAAACCGAAAGUAAUAUUGACGAAAGGCGAGUUUAUUCGCCAAUAACGUUUGAAGAUGUUGCUAGACGUUCUAUAAUCAAUUCGCCCAUUCGAAAUAUUUUUAGUGCACAUGGGCGAGUAUCACGCUCAAAUUCUACGGGUCAUGCUUUCAUGCAAAGCCCAAGCGAUGUAUUUGGAUCUCUUAUUACUGAUACUGAAGAAUUUUUAGAAGAUUUACAAAAUAGAAACUCACCUGGUUCGGGUUUUUUUUCUCCUAUAUCAACUCCAUUAUCCGUUUAUAGUCAACCAUCAGCAUCUUAUCGCAUGUCGAAAGUACGUAGUAAGAAACAAACUGCUGGACAGUUUAUGGAAGAAGAAAUUGAUUUAUUAAAUACAAAGAAAAAACCCCAACCUUCUGCACCAAUAUUAAGCAAGAAUGACUCAAUGACAACAGCCCAAAAUAAUAAAACACAAAGCUUUAAAACUAACUGUGAAAAAGGAAUUCUGAAAAGUAAUUUAAAAGGCAAUAAAUUUAAUAAGGAAGAAUCACAAAAAAAAGCUUUAGAAAAUUUAGAUGAAAUGGUAAAAAGUAUAUAUGAUACUGAUAUUCCGGGGAUGUGUUAUCCUCCUCCUCCGAACUCUAAAUCGGAGGGUAACAUAGGAUACCUUCAAGGUGUUUAUAGUCAUGGUGAAUAUUGUUCGAACAAUUAUCGACAGCAUCGAUUUAUACCAAACAGUCAUAGCUUUACUUACAAUAAGGACCAUCACUGUUGUAAUGGUUGUCACAAUGCAAAUGGCCGACAUCAUCAUAAGCUUUAUCAUCCGAACGGAAAUUGCUGCAUAUUGUAG